UAGCCAUCUUUAAAUUUUCAGUUUUUUUGGUCUUGUGCAGGAACUUUUCAACCAUCUCUGCUCAUAAAAAAAAUUAUAUACCAAGCAUCUCACUAUGUGACAGUAUCAAAAUUGAAUCGAAUUCACAUCGUAUUAUAUAGUUCAGCUCCUAGAUAUUACUCAAGUAUGUCUGAAGAUAUAGUGGAGAGAUUACAUCGGAAUCCUACCGAAAUUUUCGGAUUCCAAAAAGAAUCUGGAACAGAUAAUUCAUUUAAUCAACUACUCAAAUCCUUGUUGGAUCCAAUAUCAAAUAAGUAUUCUAUCUUAGAUGAGAUUUACAUAGAUGGAUUGGACUCUAAUCAAGUUUAUGGACAAGCCAAGAUUGUCUUAGAUGGAGUAGGUGAAAAGUUGUUAAAUACUGAUAUUCCUGAAUUAAAGGAGAAAUAUAUUGCUGAUGAAGAAGAGGAAGAUGAAGAGGAAGAGGAAGAUGAUGAAGAUGAAAAUGAAGACGAAGAUGCUGAAGAAGAAGACGAAGAUGCAGAAGAAGAAGACGAAGAUGCAAACGAAGAAGAACAAGGAGAUGAACUUGAAGUUGAUUAUGAAGAAGAGCUCGGAUCUCUUGAAAAUGGCAUAGAAGAUGAGGAUGAUGAAGAAGAUGAAGAUGACGUAGACGCAAGAACAUUAAAUGAAGAGGAAGAAGUUUCAGAUGCUGAAACAAACAUUCCUUCAGAUGAAGAAAAUCAAGACGUAGACGAUUUUAAAAAGGAUUCAUUUGGUUUAAAUGACGGAUUUUUCGAUAUAGAUGAAUAUAACAAACAAGUCUUGGCUCUAGACGAGCAAGUAAAUAACCCUGAUCAAAAUAACGAUGAAGAAGAAAUCGACUACUUUGCUAACUUAAGUGGUGAGGAUGAUGAAGAUGAGGAAGUCGAUUAUUAUGAUGAUUUUUAUGAUAAACCUGGUACCAGUGUAAAGACUAAAUCUCAGAAAGGUAAGAAGAAAAAGGAAGAAGAAGACUUUGAUGGUGAAUUCAGUGAAUCUGAAUAUGAUAAUGCUAUGGGUAAUGCCAUGUUAGAUCUAUUUGAAGAUGAAGAUGAACCUGAAGUAAUAGACAGUCAAGGAAAAUCAUCUGAAAACUUGUCAUCAUAUGAAAAACAACAAUUAAAAUUACAAGAAGAAAUAGCGAAGUUGGAAGCUGAAUUGGUAGCUGAUAAGAAAUGGACCAUGAAGGGUGAAAUCAGUGCUAAAGAUAGACCCCAAGACUCCUUAUUGGAUGAUCCAGCUUCUACUGAUUUACAAUUCGAUCGUACUUCCAAGCCAGUUCCAAUAAUAACAGAUGAAGUUACUGAAACUAUCGAGGACUUAAUCAGAAGAAAAGUUAAGAAUGAAGAAUUCGACGAUUUACCUAGAAGAUUAAUUUCCGAUGUAGCCAAAUACAAUCAAGCUAAAAGAGAUAAGUAUGAAUUGUCUGAACAAAAAUCAUCCAAAUCAUUAUCUGAAUUAUAUGAAGAUGAAUAUCAUAAUGCUGGUACUUCUGGUACUUCUGGAGAAUCUCAAGUAAGUGAUGAAGUUAAAAAGCAGCAUGAUGAAAUCAGUGAAUUAUUCACAAAGGUUACUCAUAAAUUAGAUGCAUUAAGUUCAGCUCAUUUUGUUCCAAAACCUCAUCAAUUUAAAACUAUUGAAAUCAAAGUCACUGACACUAUCAAUAUGGAAGAUGCUCAACCAUUAAAUGUAACAUCUGAAUCACAACUUGCUCCUCAAGAAGUCUACAAGAUCGGAGAUGAUAAGAAAAAGGAUGACCAAAAAGUAUUAUUAAAAUCAGGGUUAUCAUAUUCGAAGGAAGAAUUAUCAAGAGAUGAAAAGCAAAGGUUGAGAAGAGCUUCCAAGAGAAAGAGAUCUAAAGAAUACAAAGAAAGACAAGAAAGAAUUGAAGCUAGAGAAGCUGCUGAUGCUGCUAAGAGUCGUGAUACUGGUAAACCAAACAAACGUCAAAAAGUCAGUUCUGUUGUUGAUACUUUGGCAAAAGCCAAGAAUAUUACUGUUAUCGAUAAGAAGGGUGAAUUACGUGAUGUUAAGGGUAAACUUAAAAAUAAUGGAGGUGCACAAGAUUCUAACUCAUUUAAAUUGUAGUUGAAUCAGAUAAUAAUCAUAUAUGCAUAUAUAGAAAUACUACUAUUGUAAAAUAUACUUAAAAAUGUGUUUUGCUUUUUGCAGAGCACAAAGAAAUUGAAU